AUGACAACCCUGUUCAACUCCUCUCAGGAGAUAGUGUUUGUGCUGCAUGGACUGAAUGUGACACAGAGAAACAGACACAUCUACUUCGUAUUUCUUCUUAUCACCUAUCUCUUCACCAUUUUUAUUAAUCUAACAUUGAUCCUCACAAUAUUUCUGGAAAAUAUGUUGCAAACCCCAAUGUAUUUAUUCCUCUGUAAUCUGUGUAUUAAUGGUAUCAUUGGUGCUUCAUCUUUCUACCCAAAGAUACUUUAUGACAUUUCAUUUGACUCUCAUGUUAUAACAUACAUUGGGUGCUUGACCCAGAUAUGUUUCAUCUACUUCUAUGUUUUCUGUGAAUUUACCAACUUAACAGUGAUGGCUUAUGACCGAUAUGUUGCCAUCUGUAAGCCACUCCACUACCACUGUAUUAUGACUAUUAGAAAAGUGUGGACACUGAUUCUUCUAACAUGGCUUUUCUCAUUGCUCGAAGUUACUAUUGGAAUAGUGCUAACAGCUAGAUUACCCCUCUGUGGUGUUGACAUUGAUAAACUCUACUGCUCAAACUGGGCUGUGGUGAAACUGUCUUGCAUUGACAUCACUCUGAACAACCUCUACGGUUUCAUUUUCACAUCAACUCAAGUCUCACAAACAAUACUUAUCCUGGUAUCAUAUGUGAACAUCAUCAAAGCAUCUUUGCGUUCUCAGGCAGGAAGGAAGAAGUUCAUGCAAACCUGUGUACCUCAUCUGAUCACACUGAUUAACUUUACCAUAUCUCUUGUCUUUGAUGUGAUGUUCGCUCGAUAUGGCAGCAACACCAGUCUGUUGGCCCUGAGGAAUAUCAUGGCUGUAGAGUUUCUGGUUGUUCCUCCUCUGUUAAACCCUAUCAUAUAUGGGAUGAACCUCAAUCAGAUUCGGAAUAGAGUAAGAAAGGUGUUCAAUUGGCAGGAGAGGGCGCCGCCGGACGAGGCGACGGCUCCUGGGCAGGAGAGGGCGCCGCCGGACGAGGCGACGGCCCCAGGGCAGGCGAGGGCGCCGCCGGACGAGGCGACGGCCCCAGGGCAGGCGAGGGCGCUGCGGGACAAGGCGGCGGCUGCUGGGCAGGUGAGGGCGCCGCUGGUCAUCGGCGGCCAGUCAUCGGCGGGCUCGGGCAGCGGCGGCCAGUCAUCGGCGGGCUCGGGCAGCGGCGGCCAGUCAUCGGCGGCGGCGGCCAGUCUUCGGCAGCGGGGGGCGCUGGCGGUGGUGGCUGAGGCUCCCAGGCAGCAGGGGGCGCUGGCGGUGGUGGCUGAGGCUCCCAGGCAGCAGGGGGCGCUAGCGGCGCUGGCUGAGGCUCCCAGGAAAGCCCCCACUGGCCCCACCGGCGUUGUUGCCCGACACCUAGGAGCUGGCACCGGUCAGGGCUGGGGCAACUGGACCACCUCACACGUGAGCAUAGGUGGCAAGGUCGCGUCCUUCCACUCCUCCAGGGAUGGCGGCCACACCUCAGGGUCCUCCGCUUGCCCCCACAGCCCCCCAAGACACACGGAGGUUUGCUUUCGUCGCCUCUGUCGACGUCUCCUCUUGGGUGGACGCUGUGUUAGCCCGGUGUGCCGCAGGGGACGGUAG